UGAUUUACAAAACACUUUGAAAAACACACAUUACUUUGAAUACCUUUCUGAAUGAAUAAAUGUUGAGAAAUUAUUGUCUCUUGUAAGUCAUUAUUUCAUAUUCUCUAUUUUUUAAACUAGCAGUUCAAAUUUUCAUUAUAAAACGAACUUUUCAAUUGCCAUACCAAGUGUACAGGGCGGGCCAAAUUGGACACUUUUAAAGCGAAACACCUUUUUCAGACAUGGAGGUAGAUGAAAACUAUUCUGGGUGGUUGGAGAUGAAUGUAAAUAAUCUAACUAAUAAUCUAACUGAAGCUCUAACGAUUGGAAUAUAGCAGUCUUAAUAAUGGAUUGGUGAAAGUUUUUAAACGCCCAUUAUCGGUGGAAGAUACUAGGAAUAAGACGAGCAUAAAAUAUAAAAUAAGGAUAAUCUUUUCAAAUAGAAGUGUUGGAGAUCAAUCCGAUUGGCAAGUGCUGUGAAACUUGCUGAUAAUCAAGACCUAUAAUAGAAGUAGUACCCUUUAUUUAUCACGUAAUAUUCAGAGUAAAGAUUAUUAAAUCUGAAAUGUCAUCGACAUGUCCAUUUUGGAUAUUAAUUUAUUGAUAUACAUUUGAUAAGGAAUUUUGUUAGAUGAAAUUUAAACUUAAAAAACAUUUUCUACACCCUGUAUUCAAUCUUCCCCUCAUGGGCAUUAAAUCUAAUAAUUCGUUUAAUAAUACCAAAAAUUAAUAUUUUAUAAUACCCAUUUUGUUGCAGGUUUUAGAGGAGGUACCAAUUCACGCACCUGAUGAGCUGGAGGUGCUCUUUAGAGAGCUGGAUGAAGCUAAUUCCAUACAGCCACCAAUGCCACCUACGGAAUCUGCCCAGUCCGCUAUAAUGCCGGGAGUGGUUUUAGAGGAGGUACCAAUUCUCGCACCUGAUGAGCUGGAGGUGCUCUUUAGAGAGCUGGAUGAAGCUAAUUCCAUACAGCCACCAAUGCCACCUACGGAAUCUGCCCAGUCCGCUAUAAUGCCGGGAGUGGUUUUAGAGGAGGUACCAAUUCUCACACCUGAUGAGCUGGAGGAGCUCUUUAGAGAGCUGGAUGAAGCUAAUUCCAUACAGCCACCAAUGCCACCUACGGAAUCUGCCCAGUCCGCUAUAAUGCCGGAAGAGGAUUUAGAGGAGGUACCAAUUCUCACACCUGAUGAGCUGGAGAUGCUCUUUUUUGAGCUGGAGGUGCUCUUUAGAGAGCUGGAUGAAGCUAAUUCCAUACAGCCACCAGUGCCACUUACGGAAUCUGCCCAGUCUGCUAUAAUGUCGGGAAUGGUUUUAGAGGAGGUACCAAUUCUCACACCUGAUGAGCUGGAGGUGUUCUUUAGAGAGUUGGAUGAAGCUAAUUCCAUACAGCCACCAAUGCCACCUACGGAAUCUGCCCAGUCGGCUAUAAUGCCGGGAGUUGUUAUAGAGGAGGUACCAAUUCUCGCACCUGAUGAGCUGGAGGUGCUCUUUAGAGAGCUGGAUGAAGCUAAUUCCAUACAGCCACCAAUGCCACCUACGGAAUUUGCCCAGUCCGCUAUAAUGCCGGGAGUGGCAUUAUUAUUUCACAUUCUAAAAACUAAUAUUUUAUAA